AUGGAUUCAGAAAUUUUGAUCCUUACUGAAGAAGAGUUUCAAAAAUAUGUUCAAAGUCAAAAAGAAGUCGGCACAAAUAAGUCAACCCCUUCUUCUCCAUUAAAUAGCUACAUUCCUUCGCAGAAAAUAGAGACUGAUAGUAGUAAAGCUGCUGAAAAUAUGUUAAGAGAGGAAUCCAAACACCAUUUCCUGAAAAUUUUGGAUAGUCUUGAUCUUUCGCUUGUUCCUGAUGGUUCAAAAUCAAAAAUUAACCCAAUUCGAAUUCCAGAUCACAGAUUUCUAAACCUAAAUCACCAAAAUACAGUGAUGUCGAGACUUCAUGCAAAAACACCAAAGCACCGUUGCAAGACCUCUGUGAAAAAUUUUAUGGAAAUAAAAUUUACUUCAACGCCAGCUUCACCUAACAGCUCUCCUAAGAAAAAAGAGAAGCGAAAAAAUUUGCUUAAAAAAAAAGUCACUAAAAAUUCAGUAAAUAUUAAAAACGACACCUAUGAAGAAACUUCUGGUAAUGAAAUCAAUUUUGUUUUCCCAAACAAUGAAGCUUCUAAUGAUUUUCAAGAAAAUAAAGCUGUAAACAGAAGAGCAUCUUCUUUAAAUAUUGAUUCAAAUUUAUUUGAAUUUGAUAAUCAAAAAUUAUCAAAAAUUUCUUCAAGAUUUCCGUUUACUACAAGACCUAGUAAAAAAACUUUAAAAAAAUAUUUAAUUGAAGUAAAUUCUCAUAUUCCCCAAGACUCAGAAGGAAGUACAAAUCCUUCAGAAGGUUUGCUACCUUCAGGCUCAGUCACUACUAAACACAUAAAUUAUAAAAAAAGAAAAUUAAAAAGAGAAAACUCAGACAGCACCUUAGAUUUAGGUAGUGUAAAAGAUUUCAGGCCAAAAAGUCGGUCUCCUAAAAAUUCAGAUGACCCAAAAAUAUUAGAAAAAAAGAAAUACUAUAAAAUCCUCAGCGAAAUUCGAAAAUCUUAUAAUAAAGAAGAAGAGACCAAUAAAAAUUCUUUAGGUGAAUUAAUGCAAAUAAUGUUUAAAACUCGGCCAAUAGUUGAAGAAAAUAUUAACCCAAGAGAAGCUGCUCAAUAUAAAGCUUUAAACCAAAAACUAUACAGCAUGAUAAGGGAAAACCCUUCAGAGCUUUAUCGAAUUUUAAAUCAUCCUGACUAUUUUAAAGAUUCCUUAUCUCGAAAAGAUCUUCACCAAGGAAACGAAUGGACUGAAGAGCAAGAAUCAGCAUUUAAAUCAAUGUUAAGAAAAACCCACAGUUUUAACUCCCUCGUAAAAACCAGACUUUUUAAAGAAGUUGAAAAAGACUUGCCGCCUACCCGCACCACACAAAAUAUUGAAUGAAAAUAUGAUAGACAUUCUCCAUGGGUUAAUGAUUUAGACUACAACGACGACAAUUAUUUUCAAAUUGACCAGGAGAAAAAAAAUACCAAAAGGUCAUCAAUCUCAAAUUUAAAAAAAAUUACCAAAGAAAGAGAAGAAUUAGACCCAUCACAAGAAGAAAUAAGGCGGCUUAAAGAACUCCAAGAAAAAACCGGAAUUUCAAGCUCAAAUUUAUUAGCUUUGCAAAACCAGGCAAAAUAUAUAGAUAAAGUACAAGAUUUUGACCAAGCUAUAAGUGGGUGUAAAAUGAUUAAAAAAUGAAAAAGAAAUAAAUCUGAUUAUGAAGCUGCAAAGGUAAAAUUUGCAGACCAUAUUAUUGGAAAUUGCCAAAUUGAUAUGAAAAAAUUAAAUAAAGCAAGAUAUUCUUAUCUUUCUGCAAAAGUUGCCCAUCAAAGAGCAAGUACUGAAUUAAGUGAUAAAUAUAUGCUAGAAGCUGAAGAAAGAAGGAAAGAGUUAAGACAGAGACAAGAAAAUUUUCAAAGAGAUGUCACAAUAUAUAGGAAUAUUUGCAAAGAAAGAUAUGGGAGAACUAUGAAGUUUGGCCCACGUAGAGUUUUAGAAACAACUGCUCAUCCUUUAGGAUCCCCAAGAUUUAAAUCUUUUAUGAUCAAGCUUGGAUACUUGUCUCGUUCUUAUAGCCCUCAGCCCCGGCCUAUUAAAGAUUUCGACCCAAACACUGCAAAAAAGGUUCGUAUUAAUGUUCCGAAAGAAAGCCUAAAUCAGCUUUCUUUAUGAAAUUUCCCGCCUUCUCCUUCAGAAAAAAAUAAAAAAUCAUCAUUAAAAUCGGCUAUGAAAAUUCAGGCUUAUGUAAAAGGAUAUUUUGUUAGAAAAAAAGUCAGGGCAUGGAAAAAGGCAGCUGUAAAAAUUCAAAAAGCAUUUAAAUGAUUCAAAGCCAAAAAGUUUGUGUUGACAGCUUUAUUAGUAGAGCAAUUAGCGACAGGAAAUUUGCUGCUUGGAUCUCUUCUUAUUCGAUAUAAAGACACACUUUUAUAUAAAAAAAUAUUAAAAGAUAUCGUAGCUUCAAAAUUUAUACAAAAUAUGCUGAUAAUUAGAAAGGAAGAACGAGCAAAAUAUGAAGAUGCCAACAGCAAAACUCUAGCUCUUUUAUAUAAUAAUAGGAGAUUUAUAUCUAGAAUAUAUAAAAUAUGGAGAAUUUAUAGAAAAAUAAUUAAAAGAGUAAGCAGACAAUCAAGCAUGAUUCCAGUAAAAACUAAUCGGUCAUCACUAGCAUUUACUCCUAAUAUAAAAAGUGACACAUACAUGACUUUUUCAGAGAAAGCCAAUGAAAUACCUCAAAGAACUAUAAAGAGAGCUCCAACUGAAAUUCCAGUUAAAGUGAAGCUUGAAGAGCUACCAGAAAAUGCAAAAUUAUAUUUUGAUUCAAUAAAAUAA